AUUUGGCUCUAUUUGUCAAGUCAAAUUUAUGCCGGUCACUUUUUAAUUUUGUAUUUAAAGUAUACGCGCAAUGCUCUUGUUCUUAAACUUUAAAGCAUGUCGUUUAUACCUAUCGAAAACUAUAACGCAGAUCUCUUAAAGGGAUCUACUCUUCUUUUGCCUACUGUCUCCAUUGGUAAUGUGCCUCAGCUUACGUUUGACUUGCUUAUCCAUAGCUUGAAGUUGGAGCGUGUUGGUUAUAUCGAUCAAGAUACAUUGAUGCCUGUUUCAGGUGUACUUGAAAACAACAACACUGGUGUCACUGUUCCUAUAGAAGUAUUCCAGUCAAACGAUCAAAAAUGGACUUGCAUUCAACAACGUUCACCCACCAUCAAGGGCAAAAGACAAGCAUUUCUUGAUCAAAUCACAGCAUUUGCUACUCAAUUCUCUCAAGUGGUUAUUCUGACUAGUAUGGAUGCUUCACGUCGUCUUGAUUCACAAAUCAGUGGACCUCCUUUUCGAGUCUAUGGCGAAGGUGAAUUGACUAUUCGUGCUGUCACACUGGGUGUUCCUGUCUUGGAAAACAUGGAACUUGAAGAGAGCCAAGAAGGCGAGAAGUCAUUGGAUUUACCAGGUGCUGGUUUAGCAAAGCAACUAUAUGACCAAUUGUCUUCUCAAGUUCAAACUACCUUGUUUAUCAUGUUUGCUCUUGAAGGCGACAAUGUUCAAGACAGUAUUGAAUAUGCUAGUUUAAUCAACACACUACUUAAAAUAGACCUAAGCUUAACCCGUUGGAUACCUCCUAAGAGUUGGGAACUUUUAUUUGGUACACCAUUCAAUGCAGAAUUAUAUCAAUAAAACU